UUGUACUUUCUUGAUUUUCAUCUAAAUUGUUAAUACCCUAAUUUUGUAUAUAAAUAAAUAAAAUAAAAUUAUAAUCUUUAUAAAGAUAAAAAUGUUAUGAUGAUAAUUUUCUCUAUUUAAGUGUUCAAAACAACGUAUAUGAUAAAGAAUAUAUAGGUUAGUUCUACGAACAAUAUUCUACGUGAUUCUAUAGGGUUUCAUUUUCAUUGAUCUCAUUGUUUGUGUGCAGCCACGUUUUUUUGUGUGUGUGUCUAAAUUUUAUUUAGAAAAAAAUAUUCGAAUUAUAUAAGAGAUAUAAAAAUUAAAUUUUCAAUAAUUAUGUACAUGUGUGCAUAUAAGUGAGUGUAAAAAUAAUUUCACCAUGGGAAAGUGUUUCUAGUGCGUCUUUAUCCAAAAUGAAGCUCAAAACACCCUGUUAAACAAUUUUAUAAGUGAAAAAAAAGCUAACAAAUGGCAGAGGUUGUUAAGGCAAAUUCUGGAAGGGAUAAUUUUAUGAAAAUGUUAUUAACAUCGGGAGCUACUGUUACUCCACAAGGAAGUCCAGGACUACCUAGUCCUACGGGAGAUAUAAUUGACGAUAAUCCAAAUCGAUUUACAACAUAUUUACAUCAACUUGCCGGUUGUUAUGAACUCGAAGUCGAUGUCAUUGUUCGAGAUCAUUGUUAUGCUCGUCCCUGGAAUUGGAAACCAGAAAAUGUCUACGUUAAACCAAUAAAAAAGAUUUUCUUCACAAAAAAUAAUAUUUUAUCCGAUAAACAAAAAUCUGAGGAGAAUAUUGACGUGGAAUAUUAUAACGACAAUCAAUCAUCACCGCCAUUUGAUUUGGGACGAACACGACAUUUAAUGGAUGAAUUGCAAAGAUUGGCAAAUUUUGUUAGACCCGAUGAUGACACUGAAUGGGAGGAGAAAAUUGAUAAAACAUUUUGGAGUCAAAUUCAAAUUCGUGUAUUUGCAAAAGUAGUGAGAGUAUUGACGGCCGAAAGAUUGGCGAGACUUGCAAAAACUGGUAAUACAAUGGAACCUGUAUUUCGAAGAACAUCAGUUGACACUGCUGCAAAACGAUUUCGUGAAAUAAUGGCAUCAAUUGGAUGGGAUAUUAGAAUUUCACAAUGGAUUCAUUGUUUAUUAUUUGAUUAUCUUCCGCAAGAGUAUUUGGUUAUUUAUUUAGAUAUCCUUCAAACAUUAAGACUGAUUAUUCCACAGCUUAUUGAUAAAAUGAUUGCUGUACAGACAAAUAUUAAUGGAAAAGGUGGUCCAGUUACAUGGGAGACAUUGGGAUCAUUAUUGAAAAGAUCAUGGGAUCCAGUGACAUCGACAUUAAAUUCUAAUAAACCGAAAAAAUUACCAGGCAAUCCAAUUUUGGUGAUUGCUCCUUCUACAAUGGGAAAUAGUUCAUCUCCAAGGCAACUUAAAUGGGUUUCGCAAUUAAGUGCAUUGGGAAUGGUUGUGAGUGUUUUCGUGCCUUCAGGAUUAUCAGCAACAAAAAUGACAAUGAUGACUUGCAUUGAUCAACUUGUACAAGCCACACGAACAAAAUUGCAAGAAGUAAGAUCCGAUUGUCCCGGUAGGCCGAUAAUUCUUUUGGGUUUCAAUACAGGAGCUGCUUUGGCUUGUCAGAUAUCACAAAUGGAGCAUGUGACAGCUGUAAUAUGUCUCGGCUUUCCAUUUAAUACUGUUGAAGGCAAAAGAGGAUCGCCGGACGAUACUCUAAUGGAUAUUCGAUGUCCGGUUAUGUUUGUAAUUGGUCAAAAUUCAACUCUUGUACGUCCCGAUGAUUUGGAAGAUUUACGUGAAAAAAUGUUAGUCGAAACAAGUCUUGUUGUUGUUGGUACAGCUGAUGAUCAUUUACGAAUUUCAACAGCUAAAAAAAUAUCUGAAGGCAUAACACAAAGUAUGGUUGAUCGUUGUAUUCUCGAUGAGAUUGGCGAUUUUGUUGGUAGUAUUCUUUUGCAACCACAUCCACUACCAUUGAGACCUAUUACAUUGGCAAAUUUAGACGCUCGAAAUAAAAAGGAUUGUCGAAAGAGAAGAAAUUCAACAAGCAGCUCAGUGGAAAGUGAACCAAAUUCGCCAAAUAUCAAAAAAUCAAGACCAGUUACACCAGUUUUAAGUACCAUUUCAAGUGGACAAAUUAUAACCGCUAGUUCAGUAUCGCGUGCAAUUAAUUUGCCAACAAAUUUAUCUGUCAUUGGAACAAAUACAAAUUUCACGCCAACAACUUUAAAACGAAAACCACGUGUUGUUUCUAAUCAGAAGGCAAAUUUCCCGGAAAAUGUUAUUUCAUCAAGGCUCAUGGCUCAGCAAAAUUUAAAUAGUGGAAAUGGUGGAAUAACGUUAAACAUUGGAUCAUUGGCAAGUUUAUCACCAGCAGGACCAAUGAAAUUUGCGUCUGGUAAUAUUGGACAAAGUUCACCGGGUAUAACAAAAGCUGGAGCUUUGACAAAACCUCCUGCUUCUGCUCUUCAAAAAAGUCCAAAAAUGAUACAAACUGGAACUCAAAAUAUUGGAAAAAUGAAAACUGUUUCAGUUGCUGGAGGAAGUCAAAUAAAAUCUAACCCGUCUUCAAUUUCAGCAUCUCAAAUAAAAACAUCCGGCACAAGUGGAGCUUUAACAGCACUUUUACAAAGUGGUAAAAGUCCAAUUAGCAUCGGUGGAAGACCAAUUACAUCUAGUGUCCUAUUAACUCCUAGUGUUACGGUAACACCAACAUCAUCACCAGUCGCACCUUCAAAAGUGAUGGACACCUCUGGACCAGUAAAUGCGAACGAAUAUCUACAAAAGAAUCCAAAGUCUUCGAAAGAAAUUACUUCUACUUCUUCUUCUUCUUCUUCUUCUUCUUCUCGACAAAUGAAUCAAGGUAACAAAAUUUAUUCGCCAAACACAAAUAAUCUAGUAUUAUUGGAAAAUACAUGCAAGACAAAAAUAUCAAAUUCUGGUCAAAAUUCAGUGACAAUUUUACCAUUUACAUCAAAAAUAAAAAAUUCUGAGAAAUCAAUGAAAAUAAUUCCAAAGAUAACUGCUAAUAAUUUUACACGAAAUUCAAAAUCAAAAUCAGAAACAACAACAACAUCGACAAAUUUUCUAAACGAUGAUUUAGGAAAUAUUUUAGAUAUUCCAAUAAUAUUUGCCAAAGAUGGCGAAACAAUAAAUUCAAUUGAAAAAUCACCAAUUCUACCACAAAUUCCAAUUGUCAAUACAAUAAAAGAAAAUUCAAAAGAAAUUCAUCAUCCUUUAAAAAAUUCAAAAAUAGGUCCAACAAAAGUUGUUUUAAUUAGCAAUAAACAAGAUAAAUCGCAACCUGGAAAAUUAUUAACAACACAAAAACAAUCAUUUUUACGUCAAAGUCUUCCCAAUCAAAAUUUAAAUAAUCUUCUCAUUCAAUCUAAAAAUAAUAAUAAUAAUAAUAAUCAAAAUCAUUCUAGUCCAAUUGUACAAAAUUCUAGUCGUUCUAAUGAAUCAACAAUGAAAUAUACAAAAAUUAUUCUCGCCAAAAGAAAUUCUCUACCGAAUAUUAUUCACAAUAAAGAUAAAAGUGAACCGGUAAUUUUAACAAAAACAAAUCAAAAAAUUGCCAAAUUAUUUAACACUGAUAAAAAUGAACAACAACAAUUUGUUAAUCAAAUGUCAACGUCAAAAAUUAUAAAUAAUUUUGAUGAUGAAUUUUUUGAAAUUGAAGAAGCAAUUAAAACAAAUAUUAUCGAACGAAAAAUCAUUAAUUCAACAGAAAAUGAUUUAUUAUUUCAUGAUGAUUCAAUAAUAAAAGAAGAGAUCAAUAUUAAUAAUUCUGAAUGAUACGAUAAUGUAUAA